AACGUUUAAACUGUGUAUGCAAUUAUAAUAGGAUGCCUAGACAGUUUUUUUAAAAGUAGGCGUCUUUUCAGGGUGUGCAAAUAUCUCGUCCCCACUCGUGAUUUAUUGGACGCGUGGUGCUGAAAAUGUGCCAAGAGAACGCUGCACAUUUAAUGCCUCACGAUAUUUGUGCUCUCCGCUGUGCUAGCUGUGCACCCCUUUUAGGCUGUGACGGCAGUCUCCUGUUGCAGCCGGCGUUCUGACUGAUCUCACCAGCAUAGGCUUCUGUGUAAGCUGAAGCUAAAUAAACACAUAUGGAUCUCUGUGCAUUCACAAAAACGCUGGCAAUGCGGCAGCGAUUUCAAAUUGCACUCUGAAUCCAUUGAAACCACACACACACACACACACUGCAGGCAAGGCAGGGCUCUACAAGCAGCAGCCGCACAGACUAGAGAAUACAAUUGUGGUACAACUUAGAACACAAACUUUUUUUUUUUUUUUUUUUUUUUUUUUUUUUUUUGUUUUGUUUUUGCUUUCAGCUUUUACGAGGACUCUCAAAUUCUAAGUGAAGAGGAAUGGAAACCCCUCUGUGCAACGGAGAUACAAGGCAUCAAGAAGAUGAAAAGGAACUUUGAAACUUUCAAACAGGUAAAGAUUUUAGACAGGACCCACAAAUGGAAGAGCAUUUGUUAAGUGGACUGACAGAAAGGACCGGGAGAAUCUUGCAUCACGAAACCGUACGUGAGAGAGCUGUCGCUGGCAUGGAUAAUAUAAUCGACCUAAGGAGAAACCCAAGCACUAUUAUUGAUAUGAGUACUACAAGUUUAUCCGCAUUGACAGGACAGCUUGCUGCUGCCUCCGCAGCUUCUGUAUCAGCCGGGUCACCACCUAAAGACCCAUUUCCCAGAUCGGUACAAGUCACCGAGUUUGAACAUCAGCAGUCUUUGCAGUCCAGGAUUGUGUUGUGCCAGCGUCCUCCAGAAAGCCCGCACUCUUCAGUUUCACAGACAUCGAACUUGUACAUAAAUAAUAAUCGCGACCCCACCGCAUCGCCUAGGAAACGACUGGGUGAAGCUGCAGGCGUCGGCACUGAGAUCAAAGCUAUUCAGCACACAAGAAGACUGCUGGCUAAUGCUCGAGAGAGGACCAGAGUGCAUACCAUCAGUGCCGCCUUUGAGGCUCUUAGGAAACAGGUUCCUUGUUAUUCCUACGGUCAGAAAUUGUCCAAGCUGGCCAUUCUGAGAAUAGCCUGCAACUACAUCCUCUCCUUAGCCCAGCUCGCUGAUCUUGACUACACUUCAGAUCAUAGCAACACAAGCUUCUCAGAAUGUGUGGAGCAGUGCACGAGAACCCUGCAGGCAGAGGGCAGGUCCAAGAAAAGAAAGGAGUAGCACAGAGGAAGACAGCAAGUCAGACAGAGAACUGGGUCCUGUAGACCUCCUUCACAAACUAUAAGAACACUCGUUAAUUCUGCAGAAAAGAAAGCUGUGCUUGGCAGACAUUGGCAAUUUUAUUACAGCACUUUCCUUCUUUUUAUUUUUUAUUUUUUUGCUAAGCUAUAAGAAUAGGAGUUAAACGUUUAUGGUGGUGUUUCACAGACAAUCAUGUUUUUUACACAGUGUGUACUCUUUCAAUAGAUCAUACAACAACUUUGAAUUAAGGGAAAUAUCCUGCAUAGAGGUAUCACAGAGAUGUAUGUAAGGACAGUGUUUUUUUUUUUUUUUAUAGCUGUUUUGUCUAAUUGUCCUUAAUCUACUAAAUCUAUGACUGUGUUGGAACAGAUGUUAUUUUCCCCUGCUUUUUAAUCUGUAUGCUUUUAAUAGUAUAGCAGGUUGUGUUAGAUAUUUCUUGAGUUAAAUUCAUUCACUUUGUUAUGAGAUUCCCAGGAGGUAAAGCAUCAACAGGGGGAAGAACUUAGCUAUGGAUAUCUUCAGAUUGAAGCUCAUAUAGCAUUCCCACCCUUACGGAAAUAACCUAUAGAAAGUCUUAUAGUAAAUUGGUCAAGUCCUAUAGAGUAUCCUAUAGGAUUUAUUUAAAAGCUUUUUAGUCCCCUAGAGUGUCCUAUAGUACUACUGUACGGAGACUCAUUUGAGUACUGUAGGAGGAUUUUUUUUUUUUAAGAAUCCUUUAGGAUUUCUCUAAAACCUUUUUACUCCCAUAAUGACCUAUAGUACCGCUAUAGGAUCCUAUAGGACAUUUCGGUAAGGGCAUUUGUCAAAUAUAAUAUUCAAAUUAAAAAAGGUUUUUGUUUUACUCUUCUACUAGCAUCGAAAUAAUAGUUAUAGGGAACUGCAAAAAAAAAAAAAGACUGUUAAGAAGAACUAGGCAAAAGAAAUAUGAAGUGUAGAAAAACCACAUGAUGAAAAUGAUUUCAGCUCAGCAGGCAUGACAGUGGUACUGUUGUGUUUGCAUGCAAGAACACCAACACAUGAAAACUAUUGAAUUGUGAUCGGAAACGACUUAAAGGCUAAUGGCAGUGAGAGAAGCGCGUAAAAGAGGAAUAAUCCUGCUUGUUUUGUUCACUAGACUUUCACUUCGCUCACAGAGCUUUGUGAGGUAUAGGCGUAAUUUACAUGGGAGACGCCGGAGACAUGCCCCCCCUCAUUUUUCAACAAUGGAGAAAUGUCCCCCUCACAUUGCAGCAAUUCACAGUAAUGUAUUUGUGUAGGCCAGUGGUUCCCAGCCUUUUUCAAUGUAGGGACCAUCUUGGUGUUUGGAUUUUUCCCACUGACCAUUUGCCUCAGUUUUUCACAACAUCAUUUCGAAACUACUUCUUUAUAUGUAUAUGUAUAAAUACAUGUAGAAAGUAUUUAUAUAACAUACCCAACUUAAUGAGA